ACGUCACCAAAGGUCCUUUAUCCCCCUAGGAUCUAGGCUGCCACAUCUCCCGUGUCAGCCGGCUGUCGCCCGUGCGUUCCUGGAGCAGCUGUGAUCGGUGUGCAGCACCACUUCUGCCGACGCCAUGGACUGUGAGACGAUGGAGAAUGACAUUCUGGAGGCGCUGGAAGAUUUGGGGUACAAAGGAUCCUUGAUGGAUGAGGGAGCCUUGAUCCAAGCUGCCGCACAAGGAGCUCUUUCCCCAGAAUACACCAAGCUCUGUGCAUGGCUUGUAUCCGAGCUAAAGUUGUUCUGCAAAUUGGAAGAAAAUGUAGAAGCCACUAAUAGCCCUGCCGAAGCAGAAGGGUUUCAGUUAGAGAUGAGCGGUCUGUUAACGGAGAUGAUCUGCCCGUAUGUGUCUUUGACAUCUGGAGAUGUCAACAAACGCCUCCUUGAUAAGCAGAACUGUCUACUCCUACUAACAUAUUUGAUAUCAGAACUUGAAGCUGCAAGAAUGUUGUGUGUAAAUAUACCGGCCAAAAAAGAGCAAGAUGGCGGCAGUGAUGUAUUCAAGGAACUGAAGUCUAUAUGCAUGACCCUGGGCAUGUCCAAACCUCCAGCCAAUAUAACUAUGUUCCAGUUUUUCAGUGGAAUUGAGAAAAAAUUAAAAGAAACUUUAGCAAAAGUGCCACCUAGUCACCUAGGAAAGCCUCUACUGGGCAAGACCUUGGGGCCAUCUCACUGGGAGAAAAUUGAAGCAAUUAAUCAAGCCAUAACCAAUGAAUAUGACGUCCGGAGGAAAAUGUUAGUUAAACGUCUGGAUGUGACAGUCCAGUCAUUUGGCUGGUCCGACAGGGCAAAGAGUCAUUCUGAAAAGCUGGCAAAGGUUUACCAGCCCAGGCGUGCGGCCUUAUCAAGUAUAAGCUCCGUUUCUGUUGCGCAUCUGUUGGCAGCCCGGCACGAUCUUUCGAAGAUCUUGAGAACUAGCAGCGGUUCAAUAAGGGAGAAAACGGCUUGUGCCAUUAAUAAGGUAUUAAUGGGAAGAGUUCCUGAUAGAGGUGGCCGACCAAAUGAAAUAGAGGCCCCUCCCCCAGAAAUGCCUCCUUGGCAGAAGAGACAAGAUGGACCUUCACAAGGUGGUAGAGGUGGAGGACGAGGUGGUUAUGAACAGUCUUACAGUGGUCGAGGCGGCUAUGAACAUGGUGGAGGCCGAGGCGGCUAUGAACAUGGUGGAGGCCGAGGCGGCUAUGAACAUGGUGGAGGCCGAGGCGGCUAUGAACAUGGUGGAGGUCGGGGCAGCUAUGAACAUGGUGGAGGUCGAGGCAGCUAUGAACAUGGUGGAGGUCGGGGCGGCUAUGAACAUGGUGGAGGUCGGGGCGGCUAUGAACAUGGUGGAGGGCGAGGGGGAGGACGUGGAGGCUAUGAUCAAGGUGGUAACAGAGGUGGCAGAGGAAGCAAAGUUCAAGGAGGCUGGACAGAUGGUGGUGGCAGUAAUACUGGUGGACACUAUCAAGAUAGUGGCUUUAGAGAUUCUGGAUUUCAAACUGGGGGCUACCAAGGUGGUGGCUAUCAAGGAAGCAGUGGUGGUUACCAAAGUUCAGGUGGCUACCAAGGAGGAGGAGGAUAUAGUGGCUACCAAGGCUCAUCCUACUCUGGAGGUGGAUUUCAGGGUGGAGGCUAUCAACAAGACAACAGAUAUCAAGAUGGUGGCCAUCAGAAUGAUCGAGGUGGUGGCCCCAGAGGUGGCAGAGAAAGGCGGGGUGGCCGUGGUGGAAGAGGAGCACAUGGUGGUGGUUGGGGUGGUCGGGGAGCACAGAGCUAUAACCAAGGGGGGCAGUUUGAGCAGCACUUUCAACAAGGAGGCUAUCAAUAUAAUCAGUCUGGUUUUGGACAAGGAAGGCAGUACACCAGUUGAGAUUAUUCCAGCUAUGAUUAUAGUAGAGCUCAGGUAAUAAGAGUGAUACUGAUCAGAAAAGAUGUUUUGGUUUGUUUGUUUUUUUUCGUUUGGGUUAUGCCAGCUGACACAUUGCAUGUGUAGAGUCCAAAAAUAAAAUCCUUGUUCCUGAAAACUUUUUUCCUUUUAAAUUUUUUUUCUAAGUAAUUUUCAGUCUAAAAACUACAGCAACUAGUUCAUCAAGCGCAGUAAUAUUUCCAUUGACAAUAUAAUUGUAACAAAAAAUGGCCCACUUUACAGCGUUAUACUAAAACUCAGGACUUGCAAAAGAUAUUUUGACAUUUCUGGCAAUGGAUGUACAUGUUCCAUGGCUCCAAAUUUCUCUUUGACUCCAAGGCUUGUAGGAAAUGACACUUUUUGUACAUCCCUGGUUUAAUACUCUGGUUGACCUUUCUUUUUAUAGUGGAGCUUGGUACUGAAAGGGGUUGUUGACGACCCUUUUUUCAUAGGUCCUAUUAGAACAUAUAUGGUAGAUAUCAUCUAUAGGAACCAGAGUUCAGAGUUUCUAACAAAUCUGUGCUCUCUUGAACCUGAUCAGUCUGUUUAUUACAGAGAUAGCCACUCAUUACAAUGGUCAUCUGUAAACUGCAUUUCCCUGAGCAAAGACAACUUGGAUCUGGGGAACCAGGCUCACAAAGAUCAGGUUACUGUGUCUGGACAGGGGCUUGCAUGUUAAACAUGUUUGGGGUAGACUUCUGGUGGAUCUACAGCUUCACUGAUUUACUUACAUAGUUAAUACGGUUGAAAAAAGACAUACGUCCAUCAAGUUCAACCA